UACAUUGUCGUUCCUGUUGUUAUCCGGGAUAGACUGUCACAACGUCUAUGACAAGACAAUGACUGUGACCGUCUCCCGUGGCAACCACCACCACCAACACCAUCUUUCUCUCUCUCCUAUUUCAUCUACACCAACCUCUUAAUUAACACAUCAAUGGCAACUUCCCGGUCGCUUCAAUGUUUCACGCUGAUUUUCGCGUUUUUUCAAUCACAUUCAAAAGAUUCUGCGCCUCCAUCGCCUGUCCUCGUCUCUUGGGCCGAUAAAAGUUUCACACUGAAAUGGCCGGCCUCGGAAUCCAACGAGUGGACGGAGCGCACGCCAGAGGGUCGCCCAGAAAUUCAGUGCAAAGAGGAGAGCGAGGAUCAAUGGCAUUCGGUUCAUCGCCUCGUUAAUUUCCAUCACAAGAGUUAUGUAGUUGAGAAGGUGAAGACUGGCAUGUUCUAUCUCUGUCGUGUCAAGCUGUUUCGCUACGGAGAGAAGAUCUACAGCAAUUCAGUGACCGUCAAGACGCAUAUGGCUAUGAUUGCGCCUCCUCCGGGAAGCAUCCGGGUUGCGUCACGUGAUCGGGAGGGAAACCCGGUUGUUGCUGUGUCGUGGGCGACGCCGGAGGCGUUUGAGGGUGAUGUGGAGAGGUAUGUGGUGGAGGUGAAGGAACAUCGUGCUGCAAAGGCGUUUCGUGUUGUCGUACCUGGGAAUCGUCAUUAUGUAGACAUCAAGACUGUCAAACCAAAUAGACUCUAUGGAAUUCGGAUACGUGCGGAUGUCAAUGGCACAUCCGGUUUCUACAGCAAAUGGUACAGAGUCGUCGCACACGUUACUCCUCAAUCGGCUCCAGAUCGUUUGACAGUGACAAACAUUGAAGACCAUACUGCAUUCUUACGUUGGUAUCCAUCAACAAAAACAGCCAACGACUUUUAUAGAAUAAUGUGUACGGGUGACAGCAAUUUUAAUGAUGCUUAUGGCAAACUGAGACAUGUACAUACGUCGUUUAACAUUUCGGCCAAGCUUUAUCAAGUGGCGAAUUUGAGUCGUGGCAAAGAAGAUGAUGACGAUUUGUAUGUGGAUGAUGUUGCACGAGGACCAUUGUCUUAUGAACUGAUGGGUCUGAAUGCCAACAUGAACUACACGUGUUCGGUUCAAGGUCACAGCAUGGCGGGAUUGAGCAGGCAAAGUAAACCAACUGUAUUCAUCACUGCAACAAUGGCUGCACCACCUCCUUUACAACCAGUUUACCUUCCAACUCAUACGAACACCAUCACCACUAACCCACCUGACCAAACUCUCCAUUCAUUCAAACUUCAUCCAGCAUCCAGUCAAAACGGUCCAAUCAGCCACUACCAAGUGGUCAUCAUACCACGAGGAAACCUCAACCCUCUGCCCAUCAAAGAGCCACCUGAAGUUUUCUUCACAAAAUCACCACCACAGGAGAAAGACAUCGCGUCUCUGCUGCCACAUCCACGUCCAUAUGUUGCCGCUCAUUUUACUGCCGAUCGUUUUUCUGACAUUGUGACGCUUGUUUCGCCGUAUCGAAAUGUCAGCCGACAUGCUAAACCAACUGAGCGAUUCAUUGAAAUGUUUUGGGUUGGACUGUAUGUCUCUGUUAGUCUGAGGGCAUUUGUGGAGUCAUCAGACAAAAGGAAAUCAUCUGAAUUUGUUUCGUCAAGUCAGUUUUCUGAUCCUGUGUUCAUAAGUCAAGUGAUGUCACACAGUCACAGUGGAAAGGUGAAGAGUGGCACGAGAAAGGAGAGUAGCACAUCACCACCCAUUGUUGCCAUUGUAUUUGGAGUGUUGAUCGGCAUUGUGGUGUUGCUUGUCGCACUAAAGCAGUCUCGUGUGUGUUACCUCAAGUAUAAGAGAGCAAAGGACAGACGUGAUAACAGAUGGAAUGAUGGACCUUGGUUGGCAAAUAUCCCAUCAAUGUCUUCCAUGGUGUACGGCCAUACAACAUCAAUCCUUACAUCCAGACACACAGAACCAAACGACGAGCAUAAGGACCAGACGAGGAGCACUGCUUACAGCCCGAGUUCUGAUGAAGAUGAUGGACAUACAACGAUCUUGAACAAGAUUUUCAAUGGUCUGUACCAUCUGGUUAGUUACAGAGGUGAUAACAAGGCUGGCAAAUUGUAUACGAGGGUACCGAGUGAAGAUGAGGAUGAAAGCCUGGAGGGAUCAGAGAUGUCAGACGUAAUGUUUGAGAGGGAGGCAUUGACAGGCAGUGAGGCACAGUUGACUGCUCAUGAGUUGUAUAGUGUGCCACUCACUGGAGGAGUGGAUCAGGAACGAACGGACAAAGAGACGCAAACACUUGAAUGGACAAACAUGCAGACAUACGAUCAACACACAUCGAAUUCUGAAGGAAACGCAACCAAAGAAACAGACACACAAUUAUUACAGAUCACGAGCGUGGAAAACGACAACGAAGACGACCAAGAUUCCGACUACAGCGAUAACAUCCCGAUGCCUGGAGCGUUAAGCUUCAUGUUGAAGAAGGCCGGUUUGAGACGACGCGACUACGAAGGCUCAACUCCUGACCUCAGCAGUACACCAAGCUGGGAUACGUUUGGAAUACAAUUGGGUGACAGACCACCAUCCGACACUCUCACAACGAAAUCCGAAGAACAAGUUGCUACAUCACUGUGUGUACAUCCAGAUGAAGUCUGUUCAGACCACUGGCUCACACCACACAAAUGUGAUCACAUCCCGUCCAACCAGAGCGUUCCAGUAGCACAAAGCAAUCAAUCGGUUGACCGGAAGUUGUACAGUAUUGUAGCCGACCAAUCAGAUGGCGAGUUAUCGUAUUGUUCGGACUUUCAUUCAGUGAGUUCGGAGCUCAAAUCGAAACAUAUGUCAAACUCGAUUACAAACGAAUCAGGCAGCGUGCACGCAUAUUGUUCAGACUUUCAUUCGGAGAGUUCGCAGCUCAAGUCGAAACGUUCAUCUGCUUCUACAAACGAAUCGGACGGCGUGAUGCAACGCGAUGAACAGGACGAACGAAUGGUAAACGAUGACCAACACAGUGAGCAAACAGAAGGCAAUUAUGCAAGUGUCAGUGAGUAUGAGUCAUCGAUAAUAUCAGAGGACGUAUCCAGCGUAUCGACGACGAUUGUAAACAAGACGUUCUCAUAUGGUGAAGUGUAUAACCUUGCAGACGCAAGGGAGGAGAUGGAAUGUGACGUAGACAGCGUGAGUGGCGAUUCAGACUACCAAGACAUUAGCCCAUCCCUCAGUAGAUCUAUGUAAAUUAAUAAUACAAUGGGCAUGCGCAA